UUUAAAUCCUACCAGAAGGCAUCACUUUGAAGCUGGAAGGAGCAGCUUUGAGCCCGGAGAGAUAAGUGAGCCGUGAUCCUUCGUCCUGAGCGUCAGUCAGGGAGGUUCUUUCUGCACUUCCAGCUUGCUCCUCUUUCUCUUUCUCCCUCUCUUCCUUUGUUCCCUGAAUUUCUUUCCUCUUGUUUUUUGCUUCUGUCUGUCUUUAAUUUCCUUCCCUCAACUAUGGCUCCGACCCUGGCCACAGCAUUUGCCAGGCGCUGGUGGAUGGCAGUGACUGCUAUCAUUGAGAAUCUGCUCUUCUCCGCCGUGCUGCUGGGAUGGGGAUCGCUCCUCAUCAUGCUCAAGUCGGAAGGCUUCUACUCCUACCUUUGCAGCGAGGAGGGCAACAGCUCCAGCUACAAUCUGUCCCAGUCACUGGCAGCAGAGACGUCUGAUGAAUACACUGACUACUAUGAAAGUGACUCUGGUGUAGUGGGUUUGGGAGACGGUGUCGAGAUGAGGCCCCUGGCCCCUGUGGAUGGGCCCCUGAGGAUGAACGGCUGGCUGAUCUGUAAAGAACAGGAUGAGAUGCUGAACUUGGCUUUCACAGUGGGCUCCUUCCUGCUCUCAGCCAUCACGCUGCCAUUGGGGAUUGUCAUGGAUAAAUAUGGGCCUCGCAAACUGCGACUGCUGGGAAGCACCUGCUUUGGAUUGUCCUGUCUACUCAUUGCUUAUGGCGCCUACAAACCAAAUGAACUCUCCAUUCUUAUCUUCAUUGCUCUUACUUUCAAUGGCUUCGGGGGCAUGUGCCUGACCUUCACCUCUCUCACACUCCCAAAUAUGUUUGGGGACCUCCGUUCAACCUUCAUUGCCCUGAUGAUUGGCUCCUACGCAUCCUCUGCUGUCACUUUUCCCGGUGUCAAGGUGAUCUAUGACUUUGGCGUACCUUUCAUCACUAUACUAGUGGUGUGGGCCGCCUGUGCUGGACUGGUAUUCAUGAACUGCUUCUUCAACUGGCCACUGGAACCAUUCCCAGGACCAGAAGAUAUGGACUACACUGUGAAGAUCAAGUUCAGCUGGCUGGGUUUCGACCAUAAAAUCACAGGAAAGCAGUUCUACAAGCAAGUGACCACAGUGGGCCGUCGUCUAAGCGUGGGCACCAACACGAAGCAGAAGGAGCUGAUUGCCAAAGAUGGAAACAAUCUUUGCCUCUCCACCACAGACCUGGAAAUGGAGUGCAAGCCACAAGAAGAAUCUCAGUCAUUCUUGAAAACUAUCACAACCCCAAUUUUCCUGCUCAGUCUGGUGACAAUGUCCAUGACACAACUUCGCCUUUUGUUCUACAUGGGAGCCAUGAACAGUGUGUUGGAGUCGCUCACUGAUGGAGACCUCAACACAGUGGAAAGAAUGGAAGUUGUGAGUCUGUACAGUUCCAUCUUUGGGGUGCUGCAGCUGCUUUGUCUCAUGACCACUCCGGUGAUUGGACAGAUUAUGGACUGGAAGCUGAAGGACUGUGAUGAUGGACAGGAAGACAAGGAACCUUUAAGCAAAGGAGAAACAAAGACCAAGCGCAGAGACAGAAAGAUCCAGAAGGUGACCAACGCACUGCGAGCAUUCAUGCUCACAAACAUCCUUUUGGUGGGAUUUGGGAUCACCUGCUUAGUGCCUAAUCUCCCCCUGCAGAUUGUGUCGUUUAUCUUACACACUGUAGUGAGAGGAUUCAUUCACUCCGCUGUUGGUGGCCUUUAUGCUGCUGUGUAUCCCUCCUCACAGUUUGGAAGUCUGACAGGGAUGCAGUCUCUGGUCAGUGCUGUGUUUGCGCUGCUGCAGCAGCCACUGUUUUUGGCUAUGAUGGGACCCCUGGGGGGAGAUCCACUCUGGGUCAAUGUUGGACUCUUUGCACUGAGCAUGCUGGGCUUCUUGCUACCUCUCUACUUGAUCUGGUACAGACGGACGCUCUACAAACAGCAAGAGCUGAAGGAGGACACUGCUAAGAUCUACAUCAAAAUCAACGGCAGUGAAAUUCCCGAAGCCUUCGUCUAGAGAAAAGUAAAUGCAGAAAAGUAACACGGGGAAUCGUGAAGAUUCUGAGAAACAUGGACAAUCAAAUGAGCAUGAGAAACUGGUCAUGAAAGGAAAACUCGAAUGUUAAAUGUCACAUUUAAACAUAAAGUUUUUGUACAUCCCUGUUUAUUACACACACCAGCAGACUAUGCCCAUUUUCCCAAAUACUACAAAGACAAAUAAAGCUCGGGGUGUAAUGGAAACUACAGCGUACAGAUGGUGAGGGAAAAAAGUCAAACAUGGAGGGUAAAAUGAAGAACAAGAGUGAGAAAAGACUGAAAGGAAAGAGGCAUCAGCCCUCUGUAUUCCCCCAAAUCCUCCUCCGAUGUCUCUUUUUAUCCCCUCUCCACUAGUCUGUCCUUAGACUGCUUUAAUCUUCCCCACAUGAGCAUAAAAAGGAUGAUUUUUCCACCUGUGAAACCCGCACGUCGUCCUGAAAAUCAGCCUCCCCUUAUGUUGACUCAAAAUCAGCGUGAUUGUAAAUCACACAAUAAGGUGCUACCUUUCUGUUCACCGGCUGGAUUUUUGAUGUAAGGUAGAUAUUGAUUCGGUGCCAUUAAGGAGAAACAGAGAGGCGACAAGAGCCUUGUUGCUGAUGUUUCUCCAGCGAGUAGAGAAGACAGUCAGGACUAUGAUUACAGAGCUGGGUUUUUUUUUUUUAAAGCUAAUUACAGUGCACCUGUAGCUUAGGACAUCCUGUAGUGUUGAUGAAUGCUAGUAUUUUGGAGAUUGUAAUUGUUUAGGACAUCAGCCGCUCCGUGGUGUGUUUGUAGAGUAUUUAUUCUAUUUGUUAACUUUAGUUUGUCUUUUUGUAAUUUAAUUUUAGCAGGGGUGCAUUUGAAUGCAGAAUGUAACUGAAGGUUCGCCACACAUAUCAGUGAAAUUUGUUUUUCACAUUACAGAGUACCACUACUUUUUCACACCAGGGUUAAUGUUUAAGUAUAAAUUCAUUGCUAUUCAGACGCCUCGCCUUAAAGUCAAUAUUUGGUCCAGUCUGUCUGCCUACUCUUAAGAGAAAUGCAGUGCUUUUACCCUUCUAAAACUCAAUUCAACACUUACUCUUUAUCCUGCUCUUCAGCAAUAGUCCUCUUUAGCCUUAAAUUUUCCUGCCUUCAUAUGUGUAUUUAUUUUGUUUUACACUCUUUUUUUCCAACAUAAAUUUCUUGGUGUAUUUAAGUUGCUCUGUGCUGGCAACUACUUCUGUGUCUAAUUGUAUACUGUGCUGUUUGCAUAGAGCUCCUUGGUCUGUCACUAAAGAUGAUGUAGGGAUGUUUUGUUGUGCAGGUUAAUAAAGACUCUUGCUUUUUUUCCCACUGUUUAUCAGACUG